UCGAGAAUUUCACAGAAAUGACGCAAAUUUAUGAUUAAACCGUCAGAAUUUAUGAUCAAACCGAAUGCGUACACUUAAUUUAAUUGAAUCAAUCAGUUUGGUGUUGGCUGUUGAAUGUUCCGGGUGAUUUAAAUAUGUGUGACAAUUCGGUGGUGAAACACAUUGUUUUUGUUGGUGAUGGAGCCGUCGGAAAGACGAGUCUUUUGCAUGUAUACAGUAAUCAAGGAGAAUUCAAUUUGUCAUACGUGCCAACGAUAUAUGAUCUCGACGAAACCGAGCUCAUACUGGACAAUGCCAAACAUUUGGUGAAAUUACACGAUACAGCCGGCCAAGAGAACUAUGAUCGAUUAAGAAAUAUCAUCUAUCUAUAUGCCGAUUGUUUUGUUCUCUGUUACAGCAUUGAUGAUCGAGCAUCGUUUAUAAAUCUUUUUUGCAAAUGGUAUCCCGAAGUGAGACCCUACAAAAUGCCCAUUGUACUUGUCGGCACGAAGAGUGAUUUAACCGUUGGAAUAAACAUUGUGCGAGUGGAUGAGGGUGAAAAAUUGCGGAAAAAAAUCAAUGCCAAUCAAUUUCUCGAAUGUUCAGCGAAAAACAAUCACAAUGUCAAUGAGGUCAUUUAUGAAGCGAUUCGAGCUGCUGUGGCUGGACCAUUAGAUCCACCCAAAACUGGAUGCUUUAAAACACUGCGAAAAUACAUGUGCUGUCACAAUAAUGAUUACGAUAAACUUCUGUAA